GCUGCCAUAUGCUUAUUUAGAAAUAGCAUAAAUCUGGUUUAUUAGUUUCAAAUCUUUAAUAUUUGUAAUAUCAUAUAAUUAAGUAAAUUUGUUUUAUUAUAUUAAGGAGAUUUGGAUAUAUCUCUUAUAUAGAGAAAUGUAUCAUCCGUUAGAUGAAAAAGCUGUUGCUUGUAUUCUCAAUAAAUGCGAAAAAUCAGUACAGAAGCCAUGCAACCUUCUGACGACCAAGCCAGUUACAGACAAUCAGCUGGAAAUAUUCAAAAACUUCAUUGGGACGAAAUACAAUCAGCAGUUUGAUUCUUACUGGGAUCUGCAUAGAUGGUCAGUGAAAAAUUUUCCAGAAUUUUGGAAAGAGUUGUGGCAUUAUUUCAGUAUCAUUGCUUCUAAUCCCUAUGACGAGGUAUUUAGAAAAACUGGAGAUGGUUUUUUGGAUAAUGAAUGGUUCAAGGGAGCUAGUUUUAAUCUGGCUGAAAAUAUUAUGAGAAUAAAAGACGACAGAAUUGGAAUCAUAUGUUCUGAUGAAAUGGGGAACAGGGAAACUAUUACUUAUGUUGAGAUAUAUAAGCAAGUGAAAUUAUAUGCAGCUGCCUUUAGGAAACAUGGUCUAUCCUCUGGAGAUAGGGUUGCUUAUUAUAUAUCAAAUAUAAAGGAAGCGUUAUUCGCGAUGUUAGCCACAGUAAGUAUUGGGGCGAUUUGGGGUGGUCCUUUGCCUUUCUAUGGAUCUAGGAUGGCGUCAAGCAUAAUGAAGGUAUUGGAUCCAAAACUCAUCAUUUCUGUUGAUCACUUCCAGGCAUAUGGAGAAAUUUAUAAUCCUAUCGACAGCUUACCUUUCAUCGUUAAAGAACUUUCUAAUAUCGAAAAAGUUAUCAUUGUGCCAACGAGAAAGGAAACACUACAGCGUGAUCUAUCAAAUAUACCAAACAGUAUAUUUUUGGAUGAUUUUCUCAAAAGUGGAAUGGCAACAUGCGGUGAAGUACCAGAUUUAAAAUUUGAGCAACUGCCAUUCAAUUAUCCAACUAUCAUUAAUUUCACAUCUGGAACAACUGGAGACCCGAAAGGUGUUGUACAUUCAGCAGGGGCCAUUCUGGCUCAAUUAAGAGAUUUUGCUUUACAUUUGAACUUGAAGGAAGGUGACGUUGUAUUCACUCAUUCUCCUGUCGGAUGGGCUGUGUGGGAUUAUAUGAUUCCAAAUCUAGCUCUGGGGGUGACACUUUUUUUGUUUAAUGGCAGCCCGGAGUACAUUGGAAAUUUCAAUAUUUGGGAUACAUUUAAAGAAAACCGAGUUACUUUUGCUCUCAUGGCUCCUACAUAUAUAGAUGUAUUUGCUUCUAAAAGCAUCAUUCCACGUGCAAUCCUUGACAGCUUAAAGAUCAUAGGUUUGACCGGUAGUGCAAUCAGACCUCAAGAUUACAAAUUUUUGCUGAACAAUGUGAAAAAAGAUUUGAUAAUUGCAAGUAUAUACGGUGCCACAGAAACUAUGGGAACAUUUUCCAGCUGUGAUCUUAAUUCUUCCUUUUAUGAAUGCGAAUGUCAAGUACCUUCAUUAGGCGUUGAUCUGCACAUUUUCGAAGAAAAAGGAAAUUCAGUUAUAGGAAAGAGAGGUGAGGUAGUCAUAACGACACCAAAUCCAGCUCUUCCAGUUUAUCUUUGGAACGAUGAGAAAAAUUUAAAGAUGAAUAAAGAAUAUUUUAGCAAACAUCCAGGGGUGUGGUGUCAGAACGAUGAAGGUUGGAUAAACCCCAUUACAAAAGGUCUUCGUCUAAUCGGAAGAAGUGAUAAUACGAUAAAACAGCACGGAGAACGCCUGAAUUCUAAUGACAUAUAUUUUGCAAUUUCUGAAGUGGAAGAGCUAGAAGAUUACAUUUGUGUUGGACAAGAGCGGCCUGACGGUACUUCAAGAGCUGUUCUUUUCGUAAAAUUGAAAGAAGGAUAUUCUUUCACACCUCAGCUAAAAGAAAAAGUAAAGGAAAACACUUGGAAAGAACUUGAUAUUGCUCCAGAAGUUAUCUUAGAAAUUCCAGAUAUACCAUAUAACUUGAACCGCAAGAGAAUGGAGAGUCUUGUAAAGAAGAUUAUCACAACAAACAAGAUACCAGAAGUGAAGAAUGUGAAAAAUCCAGAAUGCUUGAAAUACUACUGUGAUAUUCCGCAGCUUGUGAAAUUCAAUAAAAUGGAUUCAUAAAUA